AUGUCACGAACGGAGUUGAUUGAACUUCUCGCUCGAGUCUCUCUCAAUGUAGACGAAGAAAUUCGUAUGAUGGCACAGCAGACGAUGGUCAAUCUCAUUAUUGAAUCACCCGCCUAUCGACAACGUACUAUUCAAGCUUUCAUUCAGUUUACGCAAAAGUAUGUUCCAGACACUUUCCCAUAUCAGUUGGACAGUUGUCUGAAGACGCUACACACCCUCCUCGUUAAUUGGAAAAUCGCUCUACAACGGGACGCGGCUGUAACAACUAGUCUCUCGGAAAAGUCAGCCCUUGUAGAAGCGGAGGGGUUUGCGCUGGUAAUGCUUUGUCAGUGUCGUCCACUCGCACGACGCCUAGCGGUCCAUAUUCUACGUGAAUCAAGAGCGAUCCUGCGUCUCAUCGACCAAGCUGCGGCCCAACAGCAGCAAGGAGUUGGAACCGAAACAAGCCAUGGCGAGUCACCUCAGAACAUAGCUACUAGUAUCUCUGCUGCAGCGUCUGCGUCAAAUGUGGCCGUAAUUGACAUCCUUGAUAAUCUAGCUCCUGCAAUUCUUGAAAGAGUCCUACCUAUUUUACCACAGAAUGAGAGACAUGAACUCUCUAGCCUUCAGACAGUGGAUUUUAAAUCACUCGCGGAGAGGUCUAAUCCUGUUUGGUUGUGUGGAAUAAGACAACCUUCUACGUGGAAUCAUAAACCUCUUUUGGGCUCAAACAAUUUCAGUACACCGGUUGCUGUGACAACUGCUGAUCAUUCUUCCUCUGGAAAUAAGGUUGCGUCUUCAACCAUGAAACACGGGGGUUUUGAUGCAGCCUCUCCAAGUAGAACAACACGAAAAUCUGCGCAACAGCUCUCUACCUUGCGUCCUUCAACAUUCUCUCAAUGUCUUCUCACUCCCUACCUCCUACAACCACAGCUUGAACGCACUCAGUUGACAGAUGUCUGGGCUACUGCACUGUCAGUGGCACUUUCUACGUCUAGUGCUCUCUCCCAGCAUCCAGCUCUUUUUUACGCUUGGAAUACUGUUUUUCAUAGGAUGUCUCAAGUUUUCACACUCAUUGAUCCCAGUGCUCAAGCAGCCGAAAAUAGAGCUUCCUCACUUCUCCGUUCGACAAGCAAGAAGGCACCACCGACUGAACGUGAUGUCCUCGUUCCAUUGUGGCACAAUUAUGUGACACUGGCCUGUUGCAUUGCGCCCUCUUCCACAGGAGUUUGUAUUGUGGAUCGAAAGCGACCCACAUACGAUACAGAGGGUGCUGCUUCAGCUAUUCGACGACGAAAUCUUCAUCACAUAUCUAAUCCAUCCACUGGUUCGGCAGAUAUUGCUCUUCUUCCAAGCCAUGAGAAGGCAGCAACGCAAAGUGACCCCAAAACCCCUGUCCAGGUUCAAAAUCCUCGCCAGCAUCAGCAUCUAGUCAAUAGUAAACUCUUCAUUUCGGCCAAAGAGAAGGCUCGUGAUCUAGUCAAGCUCAUAAUUCCCCUCCUACGAUGCUGUGAUCACCCAGAACUACGCGAAUCCGUAAUUUGUGGCCUGAGUCGUAUUCAACCGGCAGCUUUUCGUGAUGUCCUGGAGGACUUACAUCCGAUUUUACGCGAAUCCAUUGACCUGAAACAGAAGAAUGUUCAAAGAAGACGCCGGAAAGACACCCUACGAUCAUCCCUCAUCCGACUUCUUGCUCUCAUGGCCCAGAAUGCAACUGAGCUUACUAUUCUCCUUGUCUUUGAUUUCAGUGAAGCAGGAAUUACCACAACCCAGGGUACUCUUCUCCCAACUCUAAUAGAAUUUAUCGAAGGAACUCGAGUAUACUUUGAGUCUCUGAACGAACCUUCUGCAAUGGUAGUGACAAUGUUUGGAAGUAGCGCAGGUGUAGGAUCCAUAACCACGGUUAAUCACUCCUCAUCGAAUGCGAAUGAUAUUCCCGGUGGAUCCUCCAUUAACCCACCUACCGUGGGUCAAAAUAUGAAUUCCCCAACAGGACCGUCGCAAUCUAAUGUUGGAACAAUGAACAGUGCCACUGUUAGUAGUGGAGCUAGUAUGGCAGGAGUUUCUGGAAGUGGAGCUGUUAGCAGCACAAGUGGAGCACAGAAUCCCACAGCUAAUUCCGCUUCUGGACCAACGUCUGCAACUGCGGCGACAUCUACUGCUCCAGCACAUGCUCCUAGUGGUGUUGAUCCAGUUCUACUCACUGAAAUGCGACUCUACUUCUGUGUCUUUGUUCGGGACCUCAUUCGCCACUUGCCGAAAGAAAGGCGACAGAAACUAAUCCCACCUACCGUUCGUCGUAACCUCGUUCUGCUCAUCUCACGGUGGAGUGGUUUCUAUGAGCAUAUCUUCAAUGCCAGGGAUGUUAAGUGGGCUCAACCACCGUGGACUGAUGAUUCAUCUAGUUCUCUCGCUCAAGAUGCUAAGCAGUCGUCAUCAAUUCGCAGUGCUAGUGUUGGUGCUUCAGUCGGAAGUCUUCCUUCGCCUCCGGGAAUGGAUCAGGUCAUUUCGGGUGAUCUUGUCCUCUCAAUUUCUGGAGUUCACUUAGAAUCCACUCCCCAGGCUCCCUUUAUCUCUGCUUCCUUCUUGGAUGCUUCCAUAUGGUUGGAGUUACUUUGGUAUGCUAAUCAAUCGAUAGCUGCUCUGAUCUGUUGCGGAAGUAUCUACGAACACGUGGCCAUCUUUUCUAAUCCUCGAAUAGUGGAAACAACGGAGGUAGCUUCCAAUGCCACAGCCUCUUCUAGUCAUCAAUUAGCAGGAAGUAGUGCUAAUCUCGGUGGAAAUCAAAUGCUCUCAAAUCUUUCCGCGAAUUUGCCUAACUCUGCUACUCAACCAAAUAGUGUGCCUACUACUCUGCUUUCAAAUGAUGAUGAUGUAACAGCACCGACUACCCAGGUUGUGAGUACAGUCUCUAUCGCGACGACAAAUCCUUCAACCGUUAAUGCCUCGAGGGGCCAUCCCAUACCGGGUUAUAUAUUCCAUUGGUUAAAGGGUCUCCUAUUAUGUCGAGAUGCGAAACUCUCAAUUUCUCCAUGGUUGUGGGGUCUACCUGUAGUUAAUUUUGGCAUUUGUUCAACAGCACUUAAAGGACCUCAUGGGAAAACUGGAGUGAGAAGUAUCCGUCUUGAGGAUAGUUUGAGAUCCAUAGUGAUUGCAGCUGCAGCAGGACGACGAUUGGACUCUCUUUUCCGUCAACUUGGAGAAGAAACCUUCUACAUUCUUCUAGAUAUGAAUCCUGAUCUACCGGGUCUGUUGGAACUUCUUAUUGAUCAAUGCUACAGUGGAUCUUUAAAUGUCAUCCAAGCUUUCUUUGUUAUUAUUGCUCAACGAUUUAUCAAAAACCCUAGGAUGAAUUGUGACAGAUUUACAAUGUUAACUCUAGCAAUGGUCUUUUGUGAACACCCUGUUCCCGUGAUUAGGGAGCACGCCACUUUCCUAUUGCAGACGCUCUACUAUCGAUUUUUCCUUCUGCCGAGUAGAGAAUUGCACCAGCGUAUGCAUUCAGAUUGUCAAAAGACAGUGGAGUCAGUAAAUGAAGAAUCCCGAGAUUCCGGUGAUCAGACUGAAUUCUGUCUCUCAGCUCUCGCAGACGAGUUGCUAUGGCGUGAAAUCGGUCAUUGGAAACCGUGCGAUGUGCUGAGACAAUUCUGCGCUCAGCAUCCCACCUGCACCCUUCCGAUGAUUUCUGAAAUAUGUCGUCGCUUAGCGACUGCGUCCAAGGAGGUACGAUGCCGAUUGAUCUCAUUGCUGCACUACUGGGCAAUCAAUAUUGAACUAGUCGAUCUUUUCUCACGGAAUUACAAAAGUGAUGGAUUUAUGGACUUCUUCCAUCAACACCGUAACAACCCCCAGCUAGCGAGCGCGUCUCUCCUUGAGAAAGUGGAGUUGAGUAAUCCAGUUUCAGCAAUUAAUGCUGAAUCUGAAUCAGAGCUUGAAAUUGACGAUAGGAUGGAGAAAACACAAAAUGGAGUAGGUGGUGACGAGGAGGAAAUUAUCAAAUGUCCUUCUGGACCUUCAGGAUCUGAAUCGUCAUCCUCUUCAACAUCAUUAUCGUCUUCCUCAGAGUCUUCUCACAACUCAUCGAUUUCUUCAGAUAUUGAUUCAAGUGACUGUGAUGGACCAGUAUUAAUCAAUAAUAUGGCUAGUUCAGCUUCUGCUUCAAGGAAACCACGUGCAGGUCGACGUCAACAUCAGGAUAAUCGUCGUAGACGUCUCCAACAAGGACGUACAUCAGAUCAGUUCCUUAAACCCGACCAAGAUGGAGAAAAGCAGAAGGAAGCGGCCAACGAACUCUGGGCUAGUGUACCGCUUACACUACGACGUUCUGGUUGGGGUUGUCUGGAAGCCACAGAGAUGGUACUAAACAACUUUUUCUACUUAACUAUUCGAUUUGCUAAUGAACCUAAUGAGUCCGUGGUGUUGGGAGAUUUGUGGGUCCUAAUGAUCAGAUAUAGACCGUCAAAUUUGAGGUAUAUUCUUCGAUACCUCAUUGUUGCCGCUUCUCUUGCUCCGGCUACACUCUGUUCUCAUGUGAAUCGUGUUGUGUCAUUCCUAUCAAACGAGGAUCCGUCGGAAGUUGUGGAGAUUUUGAUGACUGAGUUGCAAACAAUUGAUGGAGCUGGCCUGGUUAUUGAGCCAUCACCUCUGCCACCUUUCUUUCACAUUUCUCUCAUCUCGCAGACAAACUUGACCGAACCGAGCAGUGAUCAAAUCGGUGAUCCUGAUGAAAAUGCUUCCAGAAGGAUUCUAGAAAAUGAAAGUUGUUUGGGUCAACAGACUGGAAGUUCCAUCAGACCCUUAUCAACAAUUAGUGCAACUGGCGGUGAUCUCCAGGUCAUACCCAUCAAACCAGGUGUUGAUUCAUCUCCUGCUCAACCGAUUUCCACUAGUGCUAAUACUUCAGCGAUCUCUCGUUUGACUAAUCGAUUUGCGAGCAGUGCUUCUGCAAUGGGUCGUCGUGCAUUGAGGACGGCGUUACAUCCUGGAAGUGGUGGUGGAAGACAGUCGAAGAACUCGAUGAACCUUGACCAGGAACAACCUCCGGAAUUGGACAUUGAUUCCCUGGAUGGUGAAGGGGAGGAAGAAAGUGGAAAUCUUAGACAAGCAGCUGAUACCAUGCCGACACCACAAAGUCACAGCACCCCUUCAGCAGACGCUUUGGUUACAGCUCGCAGUCAAACCCUUCCCUACACAGCCGCAUCCCGCGAGCGCUAUAGCAAGCAAACUAUCGUGGGUCUAGAUAACCAAGUUGUCCUCUCCAACCGUCCAAGCCGAUUUCGAAAAAUUCUUUCCCGCCGUAGAACAGGUGGUGGUGGACGUCGAAACCCCUUUAGAUCAAUUUUCGGUGGUGGAGGAGGUGGUGGUGGCAGUGGUAGCAUUGUGGGAGGGGCAUUGAAUGGAAGUAUCAAAACAUCCUCAGAACUUGUGCAGAAUAUAUCUGAGGAGACUAAGCUCUACACCACUUCCUUGCCCCCUAAUCUCGCUUCUCUACAGCCCCUACCUCUUCCACUACAUUCACAUUCCAUCUCACAUCUUAAUGAUUUUCGGAAGAAGCGCGGUGGACGAAGGAGACGGUCAUCUUCAGCAUCUGGUCGAAAUCAUCAACAUGAAAGUCGGAGACAUCGUCGAAGACGCCGGCGAAGAAAUAAUACUAACGAGGGUGGUGUUAUGGAAGAUGUGGCGGAUCAACACGUAAAAGUAGCCUUCUAUGAGACUAGUCUCAUGCUUCAACAACCCCUACCAAUGCCGAAAGAUGGAAGUGUCUACUACGCACCAAUGAGGAAUUGGCUAACGGAGCCAUUUGUGUCCAAUGGAUCUCUGGUUUACAGUGGAAUGUGGUCACCUACAGGCGCUAGAUCACCGCUUGUUUUACUCCUGGUUGGAGAAAUUCUCAAGUCGCAUAAUAAAAAUCGAGUGACGUGGCGGAAACAUAUGCCACUUCUCUUACUCUGUCUAUUUCUAGGAUUGGAUCAUUGUCGUCCAUUGGUACAAGAGGAGAGUAAGCAGCUUUUGGUGAAUAUGCUUCGUGUAAUUUGUCCGCGGAUUGAUCUCCUGCAGAUACUCUCUCUUCAAUUGGAGAUUGAUUCCCAAUGGAUUGCCCGAGCUGUUGCCGGAUUUUCUACUCACGUUCCUCAACUGUUUCUCAUAUUGGAUGAUGGACCUUCUGUGGUAAGAAAUCGACGUGAUUUUUAA